AUGAAACCUAACUCCUGGGUGACAAGUCCCUCCGUGUAUCUCGGUGGCAUCAGUCAGGGCAUGACCACGUCGCUUGGACAUUACUCUAUGCCACCGGUCGCAUCCAUGAUCCACUGGGUGGCCUUCUGGGUUCUACAUUAUGCCCUUCGUGAGGUGUCUUACGCAGAUGAGAACAAUACCUCGAUUAUAUCGACGCCUUGUUUCUUCCGCCACGGGAAAGAGGACAUCUGGGUACCGGUAGAAUUAGGCCGACAGGAAGCACGGAUCUUGCAGUGUUCGAUGGAGGUGGAAUGGAACGAGUUCGGCGGGGUAGAUAAGGAUGGGCAUUGGAUCAAAAGACCGGAGGGAUUUGAUCAAGUUCUUCGGUUUCUCCAACGGCAGUCCACUCGCGAUCCGGGGGGCUAA